AUGGUCGAUGUGCUGCUGGCUGGCUGGCUGGGCACGCAUUUGCUUCUGCGGGAGGCAAGGGGGAGGCGCGAGGGACCCUCGCCCGCUAUCAUUGCCAUGGCGUCCAGCUACUCUCGUUCCAAAGGGCCUGGUAGCUCGGCCGGCGAUUUUCGCGACAUGCUGCUUGCCCAAGAUGAGAAUAAGGAUCAUUGUUUGCCGCAACUCCUUCGGCGUGCUGGCUCCUAUGAGCAUCUCGACACCUUUGAUGCCUUUAAAGAGGGCGAAGCUCGGCUUCGUCAGCUGGGUAUUGCCAAGGCGCUCACCAUCAAUGCGGAUGCUACACACUUUGGUGUAUUUGAAUGGCCCACGGGAUCGAGUUACAUUGGCGAGAUCAAGGAAAGUGAGGCACAUGGCCUUGGCAUGCGCCUUGGCGCCGAUGGUUGGAUCUACAGUGGUGCUUGGAUUCGUGGCAGCAAACAUGAUGUUGGUGUCUUUGUUUGGCUUGAUGGCCAGCGCUACUUUGGUUCCUGGGUGGGGGGUCAGCCCUCUGGUGCUGGUGUUUUGCUGCAAGACGCUGACAAGCGCAUCUACGCUGGCGAAUGGCGUGCCGGCCUACGCAGUGGGCACGGGUGCCAAGUAUGGCUCAAAACUGGUCGGGUGUACAAGGGUGUGUGGAACGAUGGCCAGCCUGAAGGCUUUGGCGUGGAGACGUAUCGCGAUGGUGGUUAUUAUCGAGGCCUGUGGAAGGGAGGCCGCCGACACGGUUUUGGUGAGCGCUACUGGCCGCCUGUGUACAACGAAAAGGGCGAGAUUGUGCGUCACCCUGAGGUGUACACGGGCUCGUGGAAAAAUGAUCGCAAAAGCGGCUUUGGACGCAUGGAGUUUGCAAAUGGAGCCGUGUAUGAGGGGCAAUGGGUGGGAAACCGACGCAAUGGCUUGGGUCGACUCAGUCGUGGCACGCUGGCGCGCUGCGGCAAGUGGUCCAAUGAUGAGUUGAGUGUGCCUCUCAAGGCCACUGCAGGCAAGAUUUUGGACGUUCUACAUCAGACCAGCAAGGACGUGGACACGGCCACCCGUCGCGCCACCAUCAGUCUGCAACAGGCCUUGUCUGCUGAGGCGGCGGCCGAAGACGCGCGGCAGCGUCACUUUGAGGCAGCUGAAAACGCACAGCGCGCGUUGACGCUGGCCAGCGUGUGCCUUCGGAUUGAGCACUUGUGCGGUCCCGAGUCCAAAUUGACUGAGGAGCAAGUACAAAUACUACAAGCUCGGUUUCCUCCAGCGGGCCGUUUCCAGCCCCUCGUACUGAGCCGGUGGUUUGACUUUUUGGCUCAACACGAGCGCGAGAAACACGAUCAUGCGCUGGGGUUGGGUACCGUCAAAAUAUUGGCGCCCGUUGAACAGGCCCCGACUCCAAGCUCCACGGUGCACAGCAAGAUAAUCAUCUCCAGUGUCUCCGAGCCAUGGUGGCAGCGACACGAGGGCUGGUUCAUCGCCUGUGUUGCGCUCUUGGCGUCAUCCCUGAUUGUCUUUGCCUGAAGCUUGCGCUUGGACGCGUCUGCUUCAAUUGUCUGUUCCGCCCAUCCAAAGGCGAAGCAAUACUCAUGCUCAGAGAGUUUCCACCCUGUGAAAGGACUGUCGGUCAAGGGUAUUUUUCUUUUGCACAUCCCAUCGUCCAAGGCGAUGUGUGGAUUGUGCGUGGCUGUGCUGCAUCUCCCUUCUGUCUGCUCUCCUUUGAGUCUACUUUUUGGUGUUCGAUUCUUACCUUGACUUC